GUGUGUGUGUGUGUGUGUGUGUGUGUGUGUGUGUGUGUGUGCGUGUUGGGGGUGUAACUGGGGACCCUUGCAAAGCGCUUAACUGGUCCGCUGGUUCAUCUGGAGGAAUUUGCGCUCCACUAAAAUCUUCACUACGGGACGGACUGCGCGUCUUUGGGGCUUAAAAACAAUUACAAAAACAUCUCAGUUUGUUCACAUGAGACGACGGAGCGGACUCACAUCCUGACCUCAGCCUUGUCUAGUUGGGAGGUUAUGGCUGUGCGGGCGAGGACGGGAUACUACCGGCAGGAGGUAAACAGAACCGGGUGGGAGGUUCCGGAGAGGUACCGGGACUUGAAACAGGUCGGAACAGGAGCCUAUGGAACUGUGUGUUCAGCAUGGGACCGCCGGAUGGGGGCGCAGGUGGCCAUCAAGAAACUUCAGCGGCCCUUCCAGUCCAAGCUUUUUGCCAAAAGGGCAUACAGAGAGUUGCGACUCCUUAAACACAUGAAGCAUGAAAAUGUAAUUGGGCUGCUGGAUGUUUUCACUGCUGAGAUCGCAUUGGACCGCUUGCGUGACUUUUACCUGGUGAUGCCUUUCAUGGGCACUGACCUCGGCAAGCUAAUGAAGCUGGAGAGACUGUCAGAGGACAGAGUGCAGUUCCUCGUCUAUCAGAUGCUGAAAGGACUCAAGUAUAUCCACUCUGCAGGGAUCAUCCACAGGGACCUUAAACCUGGAAAUUUAGCCAUUAACCCGGACUGUGAGCUAAAGAUUCUUGAUUUUGGCUUGGCGAGGCAGGCAGACGCUGAAAUGACUGGCUACGUGGUGACGCGCUGGUACCGAGCGCCUGAGGUUAUCCUCAACUGGAUGCACUACACACAAACCGUUGAUAUUUGGUCGGCAGGUUGUAUUAUGGCAGAGAUGCUAAUGGGAAAGCCGCUGUUCAAAGGAAGUGAUCACCUGGACCAGCUCAGAGAAAUCAUGAAGAUUACAGGGACCCCAGCGGCUGACUUUGUCGUGAAGCUACAGAGCCAAGAUGCCAAAAACUACAUCAGAAGUCUUCCGAAAGUGGCAAAAAAAGACUUGCACUCUGUUUUCUCCAAAGCUAGCUCAAAUGCAGUGUGUGUCUUGGAAAAGAUGCUUCUCCUGGACCCCGUGCAGAGGGUGAGCGCUUCAGAGGCGCUCGAGUUGCCUUUCUUCAGCGAGUUCAGAGAUGCUGAGGAGGAGACUGAGGCGCAGACUUACGAUCAGACCAUGGACAACACAGACCUGCCGCUGGACCAGUGGAAACGUCAUACUUUCACAGAGAUAUUGACCUUCAGGCCGCCCAGGGACUCCAGAGAGACAUCACUUUAAGAACACACACACCGUGCACACAUACACACUUGCGCCAUUGUUUUCUUGUUGACUUUAUCGCAUUGUGUUGGAGAAAUGGAUAUUAUUAGUUCGUUUGAGUUUGUGUUUUCAAUAAAUGUGAUUUGCUCAAUUGUUAAGAAGCUCA